AUGAAUUCUAAUCAAUAUGCAAAUGGCAACUAUGCAUCUUCCGAAUCAGACAAACAUGGCGAUGAAGUUGAUUCUGCAUUACUGCCAAAUGGAGAUAGAAAAUAUAUGAACAAGAACAAGAAUAACCAAUAUAGUAUUGACAAUGGGUAUUAUGGAUAUUAUGAUAAAUUUUUUGGUAAACGAAGAAACAAAAAAUGGAAUUAUUGUAUCAUAUUUUUUCUAGGCGUAUGCCUAGGAUUCGCUAUAUGGCCAUUUUUUAUGACAAUCAUUACAUAUAAAUUAGUUUAUAAAGAUAAUUAUAAUAAUCAUAAUUUUCCAACAAGUGAUAGUUCAAAUUCUUUAAAACCAUAUAUAAAUGAUAAAAAUAACAAGAAUGAUACUCCUAAUAAUAAAACACCACCAAAUGAUCACGGUCAAAAAAAACCAUCUCCACAUUUUAAACCUGUAAAAUUUGAUGAAAUUGCAGGAAUAGAUGAAUCAAAAUUAGAACUUUUAGAAGUCGUUGAUUUUAUAAAAAAUAGAGAACGUUAUCAAGAAAUGGGCGCAAGAAUGCCUAAGGGUGUAUUAUUAGUUGGACCUCCAGGAUCUGGUAAAACUAUGCUAGCUCGAGCAGUAGCUACAGAAGCUAAUGUCCCAUAUAUAUAUACAUCUGGGCCUGAAUUUAUAGAAAUAUAUGUAGGUCAAGGAGCAAAAAGAAUCAGGCAAUUAUUUUCCCAUGCUCGAUCAGUUGCACCGUCAAUCGUUUUUAUCGAUGAAAUUGAUGCAAUAGGAGGGAAAAGAAGCAAUAGUGCAUCUAAUGGUGCAGGACAAAAAGAACAUGAUCAAACAUUAAAUCAAUUAUUAGUUGAAAUGGAUGGAUUUAGUAAUACUGUACAUAUUAUGGUCAUAGGGGCAACGAAUAGAAUUGAUACUUUAGAUAGUGCUUUACUUAGACCAGGAAGAUUUGAUAGAAUUGUAUAUGUCCCAUUACCAGAUGUAAACGGCAGAAAAAAAAUAUUAGAAAUUUACAUAAAAAAAAUUAAAAGUAAUUUAAAUGCGAAUGAUAUUGAAAGAAUGUCGAGAUUGACACCUGGUUUUUCGGGUGCUGAUUUAGAAAACCUUGUAAAUGAAGCAACUAUAUUAGCUACACGAAACAAAAAAAGUUUAGUUACUAUAAAUGAAUUAUUUGAAGCACGAGAUAAAGUUUCGAUGGGGCCCGAAAGAAAAUCGUUAAAACAAUCAGAGUACCAAAGACGAAUAACUGCUUAUCAUGAAGCUGGGCAUGCAAUAGUUGCAUAUUUUCUUCAUCCCAAAACCGAUCCUAUACAUAAAGCUACUAUUAUUUCUAGAGGAAGUGCUUUAGGGUAUGUAGAGCAAAUUCCUGCUGAUGAUAGACAUAAUUAUUUUAAAAGCCAAAUGGAAGCAAAAUUAGCAGUAUGCAUGGGUGGACGAACAGCAGAAGAAAUUGUUUUCGGAAAAUCUGAAACAAGUAGUGGAGCAUCUAGUGAUAUUUCAAGAGCUACUGAUAUAGCUUAUAAAAUGGUAACCGAGUGGGGAAUGUCAGAUAAAUUAGGCCCAUUAAAUUAUAAAAAAAGAAUGGGUGAUGGCUAUUCUUCUAUGAGAUUAUCAGCUCAAACUAUAUCAGCUAUAGAAACAGAAGUUAAAACAUUAGUAGAAAAGGGAAAAAGCAUAUCCGAAGAAAUUUUAAGAAAGCAUAGAAAAGAAUUAGAUAAUUUAGCCUUUGCAUUAUUAGAUAAAGAAACAUUAACUGGAGAAGAAAUUAAAAAAAUCGUUGAUCCGAAUAAUACAAGGGACCAAUCAAAUAAAUAUAAACUCUUGAAUAAAGAUUCUAAGAAUAACAAUUCACCAAAUGAUUACGAUAGUAGUGGAAAGAAGCCUGUACGAAGUAAUGGAAAAACAGACACAUCAAAAAACGAAAUGAAUGAACCAAAUUCUUAUGAAAAUAAAUACAACGAUUUUAGAGGAAUAGAUACCAAUGAUAAAGAUAUCAACAAUAAUAUGAAAUUUGAUGAAUCUAAUGAUAUUAAUAAAAUGGCGAAUAUUAUCGAACAUAAACACAUCGAUGAUAAAGAUAUAAUGACACUUUCGACUGAUAAAGAAAUUGGAGUUUUAAGUAAACAUUUAAAAAAUGAAAACAAAAAACUUAAGAAAAAAUAUUCAAAGGAUCCCAACACCAAGAAUAGCAAUGCGCUAAAAGUGAUAAAUAGUCACAGACCGUCAUAUCAUUCUAAAAAUGAAAACAUUGACUCAGAAAAUAGUAUUAAUAACUUAUCGGAUGAUUUUCCUAACAAUAUUAGAAAUACUAGAGGCAGUGAAAACAAUUAUGAUAAUGAUAACACUGUAAAAAAUACUAGUGAAAUUUUUACAAACGAUUUUUCUGAAGAAAAUAAUAAUGAGAAUUUAAGCUCUGUCAAAUCAAAAGAUAUAAAUUAUAAUAAUUUUCAGGAAAUAGUAGAUAUACCACCUAUCACAAAUGUUUCUGAAAUGAAAAAGUUCAAUAUUUAUGAGCAUAAUUUGAAUAAAUUAUUUUUAUUUGACAUUUUUAAUAAUUAA